AUGGAAAGGGUCAGUACCUCCUCCACGUCUAAUUCACCUCCAGUAGCCAGACUGACCGGAGGGAGGCCUCUGCCCAACGAACUCAUAUCCGUAGAGAUCGAACUAACUCACCCCGAGGACGCGAUCUCAGCCGUCAAAUUCGACCCAACUAAUCCAGACUUGCUGUUGGUUUCAUCCUGGGAUAAGACCGUCAAGCUAUAUAAUCUCUCAAACGCAUCACCCACCGAGCCAAUCAGCGUCUAUCCCCACCCAUCUCCUGUGCUGGAUGUAUGUUUCGGCACGGGCAAAAACGCUGGAAGAGGGUACACGGCUAGCUUGGACAGAGGAGUCCGAGAGAUCGACCUGCAGCCGUCUGCCCCCACGCCGAACCCUGCAAACCCCAACUCGAUCCCCAAUUCAAAUUCCAGACCGAACCGGGUGAUCUCAACACAUCAAGAUGCAGUGAAAUGUGUACAUUAUUCCUCGGAAUUCGAUAUCCUGAUCACCGGAUCAUGGGACCGAUCGGUCAUGCUCCAAGACCCCAAAGCAUCCUCAAAUAAACAAUACCCCAACCAAAUCUGUAGCCUAACCCUGCCCAACCUACCCGCAAAAGUCUACAGUUUGGAUUCUUCCAAGGACAAGUUGGUCGUCGCCAUGGGUAAUCGCAGGAUUUGGAUUUGGGAUCUAGCUAAACUGUCUGAAGCGGUUGAGAAAGUAAACCAGAUCAACAAAAAUCCUAAUCUUGCUGCCACUGAAACUGUCAUUCCACCACCCCCUCUGCAAGAACGAGAAAGCUCAUUGAAAUUCAUGACUCGCUUGAUCAAAUGCAUGCCCCCUGGAGAUGGUUACGCAUCAGGUUCAAUUGAAGGCAGGGUGGCUGUCGACUUUUUUGAUACCUCAGCAGAGUCACAGGCCAAGAAAUAUGCUUUCAAAUGUCAUCGUCAAGCGAUCGAUGGGGUCGAUACAAUUUAUCCGGUGAACGCACUGGCAUUUCAUCCCACACACGGAACGUUUGCGACUGGAGGAGGAGAUGGAAUCGUAUCCAUUUGGGACUCAGCAGCAAAGAAGCGGCUUAGACAGCUCCCGAAAUACCCCGGUUCGAUCACCUCACUCGCGUUCAAUUCGGAUGGAAGCAAACUAGCGAUCGGGUGCUCGGUUCUCGAGGAGGAGAAUCCUGCCAACAACCCUGCUGCUGAUGACGAUCACUCCAACGAGAGGGGCGCCGAUCUUGAAAAUAAGGAGGCUUCUCAUAAUCCUGAUAAAAAGAACAGCUCUCAUUUCAACUCUUUGAAAAAUUGCGUUUUCGUUCGGAACGUUAUCGAUGAUUGUAAACCACGAACCAAGUAA